AUGGGUGGGUGCGAAGAUUACAAGCCCGGAAUGGCUAUGGUUGGAUUACAGAUCUGUUAUGCAGGCGUUGCACUCGCCACAAGGGCUGCUUUGUUGCAAGGAAUAAGUCCUCGAGUCCUUGUAGUUAACAGGCAAGCCGUGGCAACUUUGGCAGUUGCACCAAUAGCUUAUGUCUCGAGGUGGCGAAUAUCAGGUGGAUCUUCUAUGGGGUUAAGGAGCUUUUCUUUGAUAUUUUUGGCCUCACUUAUCGGGGCGACAAUCAAUCAGAAUUUCUACUAUGAGGGUCUAUCUUUGGCCAAUUUAUCAAUGGCAAGUGCAAUGGCUAUAGUCCCCGCCAUCACUUUUUUAAUGGCAUCGAUUUUUGGGCACGAGAUUGCUCAAAACAAAUUAGAAAAGGUGAACAUUCGAAGCUUGAGAAGUAUUGCCAAAAUAGCAGGCACGGUGAUCUGUGUCGCUGGAGCCAUCUUCAUGGCAUUGCUUAGGGGCCCCAAGCUACUUAACGCACAAUCUUUGCCAGCAAAAUCUAUUUUUGGAUCGGAAGGCGAGCACUGGUUGCUGGGUUGUCUAUUUCUCUUUGGAAGCGCUUCUUGCUGGUCUCUUUGGCUGAUUUUGCAAGUUCCUGCUUCAGCCAGCUAUCCUGACAACGUUUCUUUAUCCUCCUGGAUGUGUUUCUUUGGAACAUUGCAGUCAGCAGCAGUUACACUAUUUUUAGAACUAGACCUGGAAGCAUGGACACUUCAUUCCAAUAUUGAGCUUGUUUGUUGUCUUCUUGCAGUAUGACUGCCAUAUCCAUGGGGAAUCUUAGGAUCCGGGCUCUCAUUUUUCGUUCAAGCCUGGUGCAUUGCACAAAGAGGCCGCCUCUUCUUGGCCGUGUUCAAUCCUUUAUGUACAGUCAUUGUGACCACAUCGGCUGCUUUGCUCUUGAACGAGGAAAUUUAUUUGGGCAGCCUGAUAGGUGCCGAUGGUGUAAUUGGUGGCUUAUAUGUUGUGCUAUGGGGAAGGGCCAAAGACCUUCAAGUGAUCAAUAGAAAAACAGAUUCAGAGUCACAAAAUGAUCAGAAAUCAUCAACCAGGAAGACAAGUCUGAUAGAUUGGUCUCUGCAGACAAGUUAUAAACUUGACUUGGAAGAACCACUUUUGUGUGAAAAAUCUACCAAUACGAAUCAAAAUAAGCCAUAA